GAGCAGCAGCGGCGGUGGCAUCAGGGACGGCGGCGGCGGUAGCCGCGACGGCGUUUGAGUGGAGGAAGAUGGCGGCUCCGGGCGACCCCGGGUUCCGCCAGCUGUGAAGAUCCUCCGAGCACAGCAAGCACCGGCCUGAGGCAGAGCGGCUGUGCUCUGGCCCUGGCCCUGGCUCCUUCGCCACCGUCGCCGGAGACGCGAAACCGAGAGCGCGGAGCGGGCUGGGCCAGGAGCUCCGAGAGCUGAUCGUGGAAGAGGAAGCCGUGUGAAUGGGUGCAGCGCACAAUUGCCAAGGAAUGGCAUCUGCCACCCCCGUGUCCAGGGCUGAGCUAGCGAGUGUGCCUUGGGAAGCAAGCAUGAGGCUGAUGUCUCUGUGGACCACAAGACAGGGAAGCUCCUUAAAGCUUACCUACAGCUGUGUGAGGGCCACUGCUCAGAUUUGCUGACCGUGCUGUUAGAAGGUUUGGAGCGGAGAGCUUCAAGUGCGUGACAUGGCCAGCUCCUCGGACAGUGAAGAUGACAGUUUCAUGGCCGUGGACCAAGAAGAAACUACACCGGAAGGGACAAUGGAGCAAGAUGAGGACCCCCACCAAGUGUUGGAGGUUGAGGAGAUGAGACAUAAUAGGUCCAUGUCUGAGCUGCCAGAAGAGGUUUUGGAGUAUAUUCUGUCCUUCCUCUCACCGUAUCAGGAACACAAGACUGCAGCCCUGGUCUGCAAACAGUGGUAUCGGCUUAUCAAAGGUGUAGCCCACCAGUGUUACCAUGGUUUCAUGAAGGCUGUCCAGGAAGGAAACAUUCAGUGGGAGAGCCGGACUUACCCUUACCCGGGGACCCCCAUCACUCAGCGCUUCUCCCACAGUGCGUGCUAUUAUGAUGCCAAUCAGUCUAUGUAUGUCUUUGGGGGCUGUACCCAGAGCAGUUGCAACGCCGCCUUCAAUGACCUCUGGAGGCUCGACCUAAAUAGCAAAGAGUGGAUUCGACCGCUGGCCUCAGGGUCCUAUCCUUCCCCCAAAGCUGGGGCCACUCUGGUCGUGUACAAGGACUUGCUAGUGCUAUUUGGUGGCUGGACAAGGCCAAGUCCCUAUCCCUUACACCAACCAGAGAGAUUCUUUGAUGAAAUUCACACGUAUUCACCAUCAAAAAACUGGUGGAACUGCAUUGUCACCACGCACGGGCCUCCUCCCAUGGCUGGCCAUUCCUCCUGUGUGAUAGGUGAUAAAAUGAUUGUCUUCGGUGGCUCCUUAGGAUCCCGGCAGAUGAGCAAUGAAGUCUGGGUCCUUGACCUGGAGCAGUGGGCGUGGUCCAAGCCGAACAUCUCUGGCCCCAGUCCUCACCCCAGAGGUGGCCAGUCUCAGAUUGUUAUAGAUGAUGCAACUAUCCUGAUCCUUGGUGGCUGUGGCGGUCCCAAUGCUCUCUUCAAAGAUGCCUGGCUACUGCACAUGCACCCGGGUCCCUGGGCCUGGCAGCCACUCAAGGUAGAAAACGAAGACCAUGGAGCCCCAGAACUCUGGUGUCAUCCAGCCUGCCGGGUGGGACAGUGUGUGGUGGUCUUCAGCCAGGCGCCCAGCGGGAGAGCACCCCUCAGCCCCAGUUUGAACUCUCGCCCGUCACCUAUCAGUGCCACUCCUCCAGCCCUGGUUCCUGAGACCCGAGAGUACCGUUCCCAGUCCCCCGUGAGGAGUGUGGAUGAAGCUCCCUGUGUUAAUGGCCGCUGGGGAACCCUGAGGCCCAGGGCUCAAAGGCAGACUCCCUCGGGUUCCCGGGAAGGGAGCCUCUCCCCAGCCAGAGGAGAUGGCUCUCCCAUCCUCAAUGGUGGAAAUUUGUCUCCAGGGACAGCAGCUGUUGGGGGUGCUUCCUUAGACAGCCCUGUACAGGUGGUAUCUCCAAGCACCCCGUCUGCCUCUGAUGGGUACGACCUAAAAGUAGGACUGGCUCUAGCUCCCCGACGAGGGUCUUUACCAGAUCAAAGGGACCUGAGGUUAAGUUCCAUUGAUCUGAAUUGGGACCUGAAGUCUGCUUCCAGUAGCAGUCAUGUGGAUAGUACAGAUAACAGGACAAUUGCAGGGAGUGUGAGACACCCUCCAGAACAGACCAAUGGUGCUCACACCCCACCACAUGUGGCCAGUGCCCUUGCCGGGGCUGUAUCUCCAGGUGCCCUGCGUCGGAGUUUGGAAGCCAUCAAAGCGAUGUCGUCCAAAGGCCCCUCAGCCUCGGCAGCACUGAGUCCUCCUCUUGGGUCUGCCCCAAGUUCUCCUGGGAGUCAGAGCCUAAGCAGUGGAGAAACAGUGCCCAUCCCCCGUCCAGGACCAGCUCAAGGAGAUGGUCAUUCCUUACCCCCCAUUGCUCGCCGCCUGGGCCACCACCCUCCACAGUCCCUCAAUGUUGGCAAACCCUUGUACCAGAGUAUGAACUGCAAACCCAUGCAGAUGUAUGUGCUGGACAUUAAAGACACCAAGGAGAAGGGCCGGGUCAAGUGGAAAGUCUUUACCAGCAGUUCUGUGGUCGGACCUCCUGAAACCAGCCUGCACACAGUGGUACAGGGCCGGGGAGAGCUCAUCAUAUUUGGAGGGCUCAUGGACAAGAAGCAGAAUGUGAAGUACUAUCCAAAAACAAACGCCUUGUACUUUGUGCGAGCAAAGAGAUAAUGUGUUCCACACCCUUCCCUUUCUGUGUCUUUUCAUUUGGAAUUUUGCAGUGUGCAAACAUUUGGACUAAGACUUGGGAAAACAACAUGACUCCCACAAACCAAAACUCCAAUUCCAUGCCUAACUUGCUCCAGGCUGGGAUUAAAUCCCCACUAAGGAAAAGAUAUAUAUAUACAGAUAUAUUAUAUAGCCAAUUCUGUUUACAAAUAAAGGCGAGAUCUUCGUCCUGGUUCAGAUCAGCUGCUGUUACAGUCUUAGUGGAGGCCGUGCUGGCCUUUUCUACUCUGCUGAUAACUAGACCAGGAAGCAAGGGGACAGAGCAGUGACUGCUCACAAGAAGCUGAAGAGGCCCCUGGGAUCUUUCUGUGGCCUUCUCAGAGUCAGAAACAAUGGCCUAGACAGGAAACUAAGGAAGAGGCUUUGGAUACCGUGCUGCAGGAUCAGAGUCACUUACAGAAGAUAGUUCUUCCCUGCCGCCUGUUUAAACCACAGAGGACCCAUGAUGUCUCUGUAGAAGCACCCUGUGCCUGGUCCCUUCUGCCCUCUGUGAUCCAGAGAAGUCACCCUACAAGAAGCACUGUUGUCCACGUGCUGGAGUCAUGCUGAAACAAUGUUUAUAGAGCCGCCAUCCGUCCGUCCGUCUGUCUGCCUCCUUCCUGUCCGUUGGUCUUUUUGGGUUCUUCCUACAUGUCUUAGCAAGCAUUCAAUGUCUGAUUAGGGAAUUUCUGACAAUCGUGUUUGGUUGCAAGUUGCCAAAAAACACACUUGUUUUCCUUUUAGAACUGGCUCCUCAGAGGCCUCUCCUGUCAGUAGGCUGCUCCCUGUCCUCCGAUGGUUUGUUUUGGGAUGUUUUUUUGUUUUACUUUUUCUUCUAUUUGGAGCAUCUGGCCUUUUUUUUUUUGUUCGUUUGUUUAAAGCACCAGAACCCACUUCUUCCUCUCUGACAAAGCUCCAGUGUCCACAGAAUUCGACAUUUUAGAGCCUUUCUGACACCCUUGGGGCCAGUCGGGACCCACCGCAGUGUGCUGGUGUACACCUGUGACCCUAGCACUCAGGGCAGAGGCAGGAUGAUUUCAGAUUUGGAGUUAACCUGGGUUAUAUGAUGAGUCUCUGUCUCAACAAAACAAAGUAAAAUUAAGAUGCCAUUAUUAUUUUUUUUUUUAAAAAUCUGUGAAGUAUCAAAGGACACCUUUUAUUUUUUCCCAAGGCAGUGUCUCACUGUGUACCUCACAGAGAUCCUCCUGCCUCUGCCUGUAUUUGGGGCACAACCCUCUGUGCUGUGUGUUGACGAGUGACUGGCUUGAGUAUCAUUGGAGAUAACCAUUGACCUGGGAGCAGCUCCUUCCUUCAUGUUGUCUUGUCUUGUGUCCCCCAAACAGGGCUUCCGUUUCUGCCUUCACGUUUCCUAGAUAAGGUACAACCAAUCAGGAGAAUGGUUUGUUUAUUAUUAUUAUUAUUGGUUUUUGUUUGUUUGUUUGUUUUUGUUGUUGUUCAUAGAGAAAGCUAUAAAUUACUGGUCUCUAAGCCACAGCCUGAACAUAGGAAAAAUCAAAGUAAGAUUAUUUCAAAUGACCAUCCAACUAUGGUUUUGGUGAUUUUUUUCAUCAGUGGAUAAAGGAUUUUUAUUUUGCCUUUAAAACUGAAAUUGAAACAACACCACCACCCUUUCCCCUGUCAGCGUCUCCCAGGCACAAGGCUGCUGCCUGGCUCGUGGCUAGCACUCCAUCUAUGGACAACUAUCUCCUGCUUCAUGCUCAGCCUUCUCUUAGUCCUUAGCUUUGCUCUGGUGAUCCUGGUAGGAGAGCCCCCUGUUUCGGAGCCCGGGAAGAGUCUGGCUCUAGAGGGAAGAUAUGUGCUCUGGAGCUGCUCCCGAGGGGAUGCCCCUGUGCCUGCUUCCUGUGCGCCCCUCCACUCCAGCUCCCUGCUCUGUUGCUGCUGCCAGUCCUUUGGCUGAGACUGUUUAAUCCUCUGGGCUCUUGACUCAAGAGGUGAGGCCAGCAGAGAAGCAGCCUAGCGUUGCUGAACCCUCUCUGUGGUGUUUGUGUGUGGACGGCGCCUCUGGACUUGGUUUCUACUUAAACAUCAAGCAUUCAGACACCUGAAAGUUCAGAAUCUCUACUUUAUAGUCUUUCUCUUUCCCCUGUGGCCUUCCUAAGCUGGCUGUCAACUGUUGAUUCUUUGACUUUUCCCAAGUAGGCAGACAACAGAAAUAUUAGCCUCUUAGAGAGUGAUGGGUUCCUCUGCACUCUGGGGCCUGAGGCUGCUCAUACUGCUGAGAGCCAGGUGUCUGCAGUCUCCAGAAAAAAUGGAAUGGGCCUCACCUGCACCCAGCCGUGUGGGAUUUGGUGGUCCCUGAGCGCUGUAGAUGCUGCCAUGGGAAGUGACUCAGCAGUGGAGACAGUGGUCUCCUCACUCACGAGGCCUUGCGUGGUCACAUGACUUCCAGUAUCUCAGCAGGGUUCAGCAUCCACACAGCACUGUCAGUUCACACUUAACCACAACCCCUUUGUUGACACAAUACCAAUUGUGUCUUAAAAUUCACCAGGAGACAUGAGACAAAAUAUUUUGUUUGAACCCUCAGGAGCACCUAAAGAAAAUAUUUAUCAGUAUUUAAGUAUUUAAAAUACAUCUUGUUUCUACUUGAAGCUUUAACCCUUUCCAUUCCUGCAAGUGUGCCUUUGAGAGCCCUUGGUCAUAUUAACUUCAGUCAUGUUGUUGGCCUCAUGUGAGAGUUCUGACGCUGCUCUGCUCCUGCACAGAUCUUUCUGCUCACACCUGCCAUACACAGUGUGCAGCAGAGAGCCCUCGUUUUCCCUCCUGUCUCUGCCUUUCUGCCUUGCUUGCUAUGAGGGCACCACAACCCCACCUUUCCCCAUGUUUUGGGAGCACCAGUAAGGUACAGAAACAAACUUCAGUUUUGUUGACAGUAACACUGGGCUUGGUCUCCCAGCCUUCUGAUUUUAAGGUUUGAGCUCUGGCAGGAACUGAAACCAUGAAUUCUGGAAAAGCUUUCCUGGAACUCCCUAACUAAAGAGGAGAGAAAGCAGGAUUGCAGGAGGCUCAACUUGGAAAGACAGACAGCCACUGCAGUGGAACAAGGGGAUCCUCCCUUUACUGUAUCUGUAUAAGUUCCUUCUGCUUUGUUUUUUCCCUUCCCCUUCAGUCUGUCCAUCUUUCUGUCCUUGUCCUCGUGGUGACUCCGUCUGGCAUGGUGAUGUCCUCUAUUUGCAUUAUCUGUGGUCUCGCCAGCACAUACGACAGCAGGGGGAUCUGAAGGAGUCCAGGGUAAGAAAGCCUGGCCUGGGGACUGUGUAGGGCGCUUCUCUGCUGUCAUCUGCAGGUGGCCUCUCCGUCCCCCAUCCUCGGGAAUGAAAGCCAACCUCUGGCUCCCCUGUGCUCGCUUUGCUCGCUCUGACCCCUCCUACCAACCAGGGCUCACGUUGGCGCACACCCACUGUGCCCUGACAAAGCUGGUGCUGAAUGAUGUUUCCCAUACAGCUUAGGGGUGCCAGGCGGCUCACCCCGGGCAUUUUAGGCCCAUCACAGUGGAGGAAUGAAAAUGAAUUCAUGGAUAUUCAAGUCUGUCAGUUUCAUUUUUGUUAAUGUUUUCCCUGAUGACUUUUUAGCAGUUUAACAAAUAAAACAACGGAUUGAA